AUGUCCAAAGAGGUCCCCUCCACGGCCCCUUCGGAGGCUGGGACCAAGUCUCUCCAGUUGCCUAACUCUGUCCCCUUUUGGCGACUCGUCACAGAGCCCGGCGUCAUCACUCAGGAUGUGCUGGAUCAUCCAUACCCAGGGGCGGGAACCGAAGAUGAUCCAUACUCUGUGAACUGGUUACCCAACGACUUUCGAAACCCACUACAACUGAAAACCUCCCUCAAAUGGUUCAUCACCGUGAUCGCCGCUCUCGAGACCCUCGUGGUGGCCCUGGUCUCAUCCGCCUAUACAGGUGGUAUCUUACAAAUUGAAGAGCAAUUCGGUGCCACGACGGAGAUUGCUACACUGGGAGUAUCCCUCUAUGUCCUCGGAUUCGCCCUGGGUCCCCUCAUCUGGGCUCCAAUGAGUGAGCUGUUUGGACGCCAGUCCGUCUUCAUUGGAACUUACUGCGGUCUCACCAUCUUCUGUGCCGCAUGCAUCGGAGCCAAGAACAUCGAAACUCUCCUCGUCUUCCGUUUCCUGUCCGGUGCCUUUGGCUCCUCCCCCUUCACCAACUCCGGCGGUGUGAUCGCCGACAUGUUCAUGGCUCGGGAACGUGGACUGGCCCUGUCUGCCUUUGCAUUGGCCCCAUUCUUAGGUCCCGUCAUUGGUCCUAUCGCUGGUGGCUUCCUCGGCAUGGCAGCGGGCUGGAAGUGGGUGAUGGGUCUUCUGGCCAUUCUGUGUGGUCUGAUGUGGUUCCUGGGAGCGGCGUUGAAGCCAGAGACCUAUGCUCCUGUCCUUCUCCGCCAGCGGGCAAAGACCCUGUCCAAGCUCACAGGUCAGGUUUAUGUGAGCAAACUGGACAUCGACCAGGGACGCGUCACUCUCAAGGCCGCUUUGAAGACAUCUCUCUCUCGGCCGCUGAUCCUUCUGUUCAAGGAACCCAUCGUCUUGCUUCUGUCGAUCUAUUUGGCCAUUAUCUAUGGUACUCUCUACAUGCUUUUCGGUGCCUUCCCCAUCGUGUAUGAGCUUCACCGUGGAUGGAACCAGGGUGUGUCCGGCCUGGCGUUCCUCGGUGUGAUGAUUGGUAUGCUGGGCGCAAUUGCGUACUCGAUUCCAGAGAACACUCGGUACAUCAAGCUCCUCGAAAAGAAGGGCGGAUAUGCGCCCCCCGAGGCUCGUCUUCCACCAUGCAUGUUGGCCUCGAUUGCCCUUCCCGUCGGCUUGUUCUGGUUCGCUUGGACCAACUCCCCCGACGUGCAUUGGCUCGCAAGUAUCGCCGCCGGAGUGCCUUUCGGCUUCGGCAUGGUUCUAGUGUUCCUCAGUGUCUUCAACUAUCUGAUCGAUGCCUACACCAUCUUCGCCGCCUCCGUUCUGGCCGCCAACUCUCUUCUCCGAUCAUUGUUUGGAUUUGCAUUCCCGCUGUUCACCGGCUACAUGUACACAGACCUGGGCAUUCACUGGGCCUCGUGUGUGCCUGCUUUCCUUGCUCUCGCGUGUGUUCCCUUCCCUUUCCUGCUCUACAAGUACGGAUAUUCCAUUCGCCAGCACUGCACGUACUCCGCUCAGUCAGAGGCAUUUGUGCAAAAGAUUCUCCAGGGCUUCAAACAGGCCGCCGAGGAAAAUGCCGAGCCUGAAGCUGAGCCCUGCCCUGCAUCGACCGAAGAACCCGUCGCACAGUCACAAAAGAAGGAGACCUCCGCCGAAGUCCAGUCUAUUCACCGCACACUAUCGCGCACUUCGACCCAUGCCACACAUGAAAUGCACCGCGUUCCUACAUAUGAGGCAAAUCCUUACAACAUUGACCGCGUGCAUACGCGAGAGUCAUUCAAAUAA